AGACCGAGCUCAAAGCCACCGCUCCUCCUUGUUCCUUCCCUCGGCAGAGACAGAGUCAACGACAGGAGGAACUCGAUCCAUGGCGGCCCGGUACGUGGAGAUGCUGGACAUGGGCGUGCGCAUCGCGGCGAGGUUCCACUCCCACUGCCUGCAGACCGCCCGCAUGUACUACAUGCCGCCGCAGUCAACCUCCUCGUCCUCGUCCUCGGCCGCCUCCACGGAUCGGAAGGCCGCCGGCUUCGACCACGAGGUUGCGGCCGCCGCUGCCUUCCGGCCCUUCGCCGCCACGUCGCAGGCGGGGCUCAGCGCCGGCAUGCAAUCUGUUUUCGGAUUCGACACCGCACAGGUCGUCAUCUACGAGGUCGUAUGA